AAAACACGUCAGCUGUCAAAAUUUGUUGUGUCAUGUCUGUAUAUUAUUUUUGUUCGUAACAAAGCUUAUAAAUCGCAAAAGAUAAUUUAAUAACUUUGAAAACUUUACAACUAAGCUAGUAAACUGUAAUUUACUUGUAACCAGAAUGCAUUGGUACGGAGGGAGCAUCGCCGAAGCGGUGAAUUUAUCCAAACAGAAAAAUGCAAUUUUCGUCGUUUUUAUCGAAGGUGACAACGAUCUGUCAACUGAGAUGGCAGCCACUAUCGACGACACGGCCGUCGUGAAGAGGCUCUCCAAUGAGACCAACUUCCUUGCCAUCAAACUGAAGAGUGGGACUACUAACUAUACACAUUUUGCACAAAUUUAUCAAUUUGUACCUGUACCGUCUCUGUUCUUCAUCGGACGGAACGGUACACCGCUGGAAGUGGUGUGCGCCGGAGUACAACCCGACAAUUUGGCCACUAGGAUUGACAGGAUACUAGAGGAACACCACAAAGAGAAGCCGUCCAUACAGCCAUCAACAUCGUCACAGAAUGUCAAGCAGCAAACGGUAAAUUUGUUGCAAUCCGAAGCGGCCGCCAACCAAGCCGCCAACGACACCGCACCACUGGCUCGGGCAGACCAGCCACCCAAACAAACGCCCAUUGACGAUUCAGAUACCUCAUCACCUCCAGCAGCGAAGAUACAGAAGACGGAGCACCAUAUCACCACAUCUGAUGAGGAGUAUGAGGUGGUGUGCGAUGGGGACGUAUGCGUACGGAGGCCGAAGGUCAGGGCCGACGAGCCUGGACCCAGCCAGAGGUCCAGCCCGCCGGCAUCGGAGCCUAUGGAGACCGGUGCUGAAGCGGCAAGCAGCACCGCCAGUGUGGAGGACAAGCUGGACAAAGCCAAAGAGCUGAUAGAAGCCAGACGAAGGGAGAAGGCAGCCAAAGAAAAGGAGUUGGAGAUACAGAAGGAGCUAGAGCGUCGCAACUUGGGUCAGGGAGUCGCCGAGCUGAAGAGGUGGCAAGCUGAACAAGAGCUCAAGCAAAUACAGGAGGAGCGUAAACGCGAGAAGUUGGAGAACAACCUGGCGCGGCAGCGGAUACUCGAGCAGAUAGCGCAGGACCGCGCCGAGCGACGCGCGCGCGACCAGCCGCCGCCCGCCGCCGCGCCCCCUGCCGCCGCCGCCGCGCAAACACCGCCAGCAGCGGACGUUGGUCGUACAGCGAGGUUGCAGUUCAAGCUACCAGAUGGCAGCUCGCACACCGCCCACUUCGCCGCUGAUGAUUCUCUCGCCCAAGUCAACCGGUACAUCGCUGAUAACCUGCAGAUGAGCCCGUCGUCCUUCUCGCUCUGGAUAGCGUUCCCCCGGCGCGAGCUGACGGAAGCGGAAGCGACGCUGCGUCAGCUGCAGCUGGCGCCCUCUGCCGCUUUGCUGGUGCUGCCGCGUCGGGCCGCGCCCGUUAUCGCCAAGCCUUCGCCAUUCGCGACGCUCAUCACUUUCUUUACCCAAUUCUUCACAUCGUUCAUCCUGGAACCUACGCAGCAGUUUUAUAGUUGGCUUCGGGGACGUUUGUUCCCCCCUCCGCCUCGUGCCGCCACGCCCUCGGAACCCAGCCGACCGUCGCCUCCACCAGGCGUCAGGAGGCGGGGGAACAUCUAUCGGCUCCCAGGAGAUAGAUCUGGCGAUGACGACAACAAUACGUGGAAUGGAAACUCAACCCAGCAGAUGUAGAUUCCUUAAGAUUUGUGAUUUGACUCGGUAUUAGGGUGAGUAUUGUUUUGAGAUUCUGAGGGAAUUUUGAUAGUUUCCCAAAAACUGAACGGUUAGAAAUAAUGUUCACGAUAUUUCGAUGUUUCGUAUCACAUUCUGAGAUAAUUUUGAGAGUUCCUCGGUAAUUGAAUAGUUAGUUAAUAUGUUUACAGUGUUUUGAUUACUUCAAAAACAUUCUAAAAUAAUUUCUGAGAGAGUUUUUCAAAAACUGAAUUGUUAGAAAUGAUUGUCACAAUGUUUUGGUUUUUUUUUUUUUGAGACAUAUUCUGAAAUGAUUUUGUGAAUUUCCAUGGUGAAACUGAACUGUUAAAAAUAAUUGUAACAAUACUUUGAUUUUUUUGAGACAAAUGCUGAAAUGAUUUUGUGAAUUUCCAUGGUGAAACUGAAUUGUUAGAAAUUGUGUUAUUAACUUAUCUUUUAAAAGGUUACCUACAGCAAUGGGGUGGUUUUACAUACUUUUUUUUUAUAUACAAUUUAGUGUUCAAUCCAUCAAAAUGGUCAAGAAAUAAAAUUAUUUUUAAUAUU